UUUCAUCAAAUUUUACAAAAGGGAAUAUAUUUAAGUGCAAACAUUUUUAAACUGUUUUGGAAACAGAUUAUUAUCAGGGUUUUCAGAUAUUUUCCACUAACAUUUCUAUUCCCUUUAGAGCAUUUAUGGAAAGGCCUUCGCUGGAAAGCUAUGAACUAGUGUUCUUUUGAAUUACUUGCAAUUUUCAUAAUCAAAGGGAUUCGUUAUUAUCAACUAAGCUUAAAUAGGAAUAACUUACUAUAUCUAGAAUUUCAUAAAUAAUAAAUUUAUUUGUCAAUUAUUAGAGCUUGAAUCCUACAACAUGUACCGUAAUACACCAUAUUAAAUACAAAACAAGAUAUCGUAACUAUAAACUGAAAUUCAUUUGUGUAGUUACUUAGUUAAAAGAAUCAAUCCAUUUAUUAAAAUUAAUUUUAUUUCCCUUUCAAGAGUGAAGAAGGAACUUUAUAAGCUAAUAGCAAAGCUGUUUGUUAAGUUUUUUUUGGAUUUGGCUCUUUGGGUAUGAUACAAUGCAAUGUUUCUUUUUGAAAUGUUGAUGCCACCAUCCUAUGCUGUAGCUUUUAAUUAUUCAUCAUGGACUUGGCAAAAAAGUAUGAACAUUUUUCACAAAUAUCAAAAUUCCAAGGACAAUGAGUUAAAAAGUAUUUUUGUUCUUUUUAAUAUACUUUGCAUGAACUACAUAUUUUAAUUGAAAAAUGAACCUGACUGGUUUUUCUGUAUGGAAUCAAUUGCUGGGAAUAACAACAGUAUAUCAAUACUAGAUAUUGAGAAAACAAUGGCUUCAAUAUGUGCUUGUAUCUCUGACAUCACCAUCUACUUUAAGUAUAAGGGAUUUGCCCUGUUGUACUUAUAACAAUGUUUUAGAAUAUGAAAAGACAAAAGAUUGGUAAUUGCUUUUAGAACUGAUUGCUAUUAUAUCAGAAAGUUCAACCAAAGAUUGUUCUGAUCAUAAUAUAUUCUAGCAGAAAGUUAAUUUAAAAAAUUUGUCUAGCUUACUGCAAUACAGCCGAGUAGGUGAGCUAAUGAGUUAAUACUGCUUGAUUAUUACAAAACAUCUAUACUGGAGUAAAUUCAGUUGUGCAUUGGGUAGUGAUGUGAUGAAGAUGUUAAGUAUUGUUGCCCACAAAUAUUGAAUCGUAUCAUUCAUUAUUUUUGUUGCAAAAAUGGAAUAAAAUCAAUGAAAAAUCAUUUGUACGAUCUCGUAUUACGAUCAUAUCAUAUCAUAUUAUAUCGUAUUACGAUCUCGUAAUAUCUUGAAAGUGAUCUAUUUAUCUUAAAAGUUGAUGUUCAAUGAGUAAUUUGUUAGUGAUCCUCCUGAAUUGAAUGUACUUUAUGAGUUUUGUUCAACAUUCAAAACUGUACAGUAAACAGCAUUUACUUAAUGUGUUUGUUGCAGACGUGCUAGGAUGUGUGAAGCAAGAGCUGUUUGACUGUGGUAAGGAGGGUCCCCGUCAGUUGUUGCCCCCAACAUCAGUCCCCUCCCGCCCCCACCAGUGCCCCCGCUGUCUCAAGGCCUAUCUUAAGCCCUGCACACUGCGUCGGCACAUCACCUUCGAAUGUGGGAUCUCCCCACAGUUUCACUGCCCGUACUGCGAUCACAAAGCCAAGCGGAACGAUGAACUCAAUAAGCAUAUCUUCAGGCGACACAACAUCCUCAACGACAAACGGGGGACCCUCAACGUCUAAACUUCCUCAACAGGAUAAUCAUUUUCUAAUUUCUGAAGGUUUUAGCAAAUUACCGACCUUCACAAGGAACUGCACAAGAUGAACAUGUAGUUCGUUACAAAGAGACAACUUCUCUAUUGUGUUAAAUGUUUUGUACCUGUAUAGCUCAUUUUGCACCAAACUGUAUGCCUUCAACUUUUAUGAGGAACGUAACAUUAAAAUUAUUUAAGCACACAUAAAAAUGUUUUGUGGGUAAUUUUAAUUGUGUGUUCUCUUUUGCGUAUCUCUUCAUUUGAGCUCAGCUCUCUUCUUUCUAUUUUACUAUUUUAUACAUCUUUCUUUUAUAAUCUUAUUAUGUUAAUGCCAGUAGGAAAAUUUAAUAUAAACAAGAAUUAAUGCACAAAUCUUUACAUCCUGGGAAUCGUAAUGUCCUAAUUAUCCUAAUUUGUGUAUUUAGUAGCGUUAUUCUAUAAUGCUUUUUAUUGUUUUAAUUUUCAUGCUGUGUAUGUAUUCUUAGAUACACUUCGUCAGGCAAGGUACUUGAUAUAUUGCCAAAAACUUCAUAUUUUUCAAAUUUUGCUUAUUUUUAAAAUAUAAUCAUAAAUAGUAUUGCUUAUUGAAUCUAAUACAUUCUCUCUCAAAAUGUUAUUGUUAUAUAUUUGUUCAUUCAACAUUGUUGUAGGCUUAUCAGUAUUAUGAAAAUUAGCAUAAUAAAAUGUGAUAACUUAAUGGAUUAAUAAAAGUGUACCUACUAAUUAAGGAUAAAGAGUACAAAUAAUUUACACAAGUUUGUUAUUUAAUUAUAUGUGUUUAAUGACUAAAAAGCAUAUAAUAUCUUAGUAGCCUACCAAUUAUUGUUUGAAUUAAAUAAUGUUGUAUUUAUAAUAGAUUUUAUAUUAUGUUUUAAAAAUAUUAAUAAUACUACUGGUUAUUUUUUAUAACAAUCUGCACUGGAUUAUUGACAUUGUUAUAACCUUUGAAUAUUGAAAAUAUAGAUUUAUUUUGUUAUUA